CUAUGUAGCCAAAUUUUUUUAACAUAACUAAAUAAAUGUGAACAGCCAUAUUAAGAAAAUGCAGGGGCAGUAUAGUCGGGGAGUGAAAGUCUAGGGAGUGAGUCUACACCUGAGAAGACUAGCACACAGUUUCUUGGGCCUAAUUUAUUACUAAAGCAUUUCUUGGGCCUAAGAACAUUCCAACAUGUUACACUACCAAAUUCUUCAGAGCAUUAAUACGAUGGAAAAAAAAAAUCCUGUGGUAAGCAUCAAGGGAAGUACAGAAAGCAACAAAUUCCCAUUGUUAGAGUGGAGCAUUUGUUGAUUUCUUGCGACGCGACUUAAUCCAGAACGCUAUUCGGCUUAAUUGUACGGAAGCAACGAGAGCGAGUAACAGAGACCAGGUGAGGAGCAUGCAGGAAGCUGCAGCGAUCAUCAAAAUGGCCAAGAUCCACAUGACCACCCUGUUUUCAAGCGGAAAGCCGCUCAUGAGAAGCAGCAUCACACACAGUGACGAAAAGAAAGAACAAGAGUUGAAGAAAAUGAACUUCAUAAAAUCUGGUGACCAAGCAUAACCCACAACCGCCGUGCCUGCUUCGCAGAAACCGUAAUCAGGGCAUGUAAACCCAUCUUCGGUUGUAUCGCCUUGCCAUACACCACCGGGUGGGCUUAUCACUGACUGAAACGUCAUCGUUGCAAUCACAGUUGCUGCCACCAUCAAUUGCUCCCUCGUCUUUUUGUCUAUCCAAUUCCCUUCGUCUAGCAGGUAUGUUCUACAGAAUCUCUCCAAUCUGCUCCACCUGUCCUCUCCUUGUUCGCUACUCAUGUUCAUUUUUGGUGAUGGCACUGGGGCCGCUGAUGCUUCUGGAAGAUCGUUUCUGGGUAGUGAGGGUGCUGCUGAUGUUUGUGGAGUAUCAUUGUUGGUUAGUGAGGAUGAUGAUGAUGAUGAUGCUUGGGGAGGAUCUUCUUGCACAAUCACAACACCUAUGCUUUGUGAGGAUGCUUCUUCCUGUCUAGAUAUUGACAGAGUCCUAAAAUCUCUUGGAUACUGCUCCAAUGUCUCCAUAGCUAUUAAACUCUCCCUAUUCAAAUUUCUUGUUUCUGGACUCAUUUCAGAUACUGCAAGCAGUGAUUCCACUAGCAAUUUCAAGGCCUCAAAAUGGUUAUAGCGAACGCACAAUCG